UCAACUCAACGCGCACCCUCGACGCACCUCCUCCACGUGCCACGUUAUUUAAUAAUAUAUUUCAAUCCACGUCCACCACCAGUCAUCUUCCUUCUUCCCUCACACCAGAUACCAUCCAAAGAUGUCCGAGAAACUCGACAACACCUCAUCCACAGACACCAGCUCUGCCCCAAGAGAAGUAGGCGCAACCCCCUCCCCAAAGGCUAUCAUCAAAAACGUAGACAUGAGCGAGGAGUUGCAGCAAGAGAGCGUCGACAUCACUUCCGCUGCUCUCGAAAAAUUCACCAUCGAGAAGGACAUCGCUGCACAGAUUAAGAAGGAGUUUGACCGAAGACAUGGUCCUACCUGGCAUGUCGUCGUUGGCAAAAACUUUGGCAGUUAUGUCACUCAUGAAACGAAACACUUCAUUUACUUUUACGUUGGAUCCCUCGCAAUUCUCAUUUGGAAGUCAUAGAGUCGCACAUUGGUGACGAUAUCGAGCGCAAGAUUGGUUUGUCGGGGAGUAUAUUACCUGCGUUAUGCAAUCUUAUCUUGCGCGUUCGUCUUU